GUGUUUAGAGGAGUUCCUGUGGUGAUCUAAUCGUCUGGCCGUGAGCGCCUUUUAUUGAGUAUCCUCAUGACACGUUAGCGGGUGUUUUCAAUACGUGUCUCUGGUAGACUGCUGCGCUUACACGAACCACCUAAAUCCUGACUCGCAAUUUUCGGCAGCUGCGGUGAAAUACUUGAUGUGAGUCAUUUGCAGCCAGUGUGCGUCUAGUACUUUCUCAUUGCUUUGUGACUCGCCGAGCCUUACCGUUAUCCUGCACUUGAUGUUGCCAGAGCCUUUGAUAUGUUUGCCACGCAUGAGCAAUCCCUGGCCGAGCGCUUUGAGUGUGGCAGUGAGGUAUCGAGUUAAUGACGGUGACUCGUUGAUUCCUGAUGAGAUUAGCUUUGAUCACAGCCUCAGAUUAAGAUCUAGCGCUAAUGUCCACACGACAAAGUCAUCUAUGUUACUCGGAUUGGAGUUGUCAGUCUUCGUGGCAGGUCUGAGCACAUGGGGCGACAGGACAAAAGGCGGUGUAAUAUAUGAAGCAAGACUUGCAAUACAAGAGCGAUACAAAAACAUGAUACAAAAACACCUGAUACAAGAACACGAUACAAAACAUGAUACAAAGACACGAUACAAAAACACGAUACAAAAUGAAGCCGAGCUGCACGAAAAACAUGAUAUGAUGCUACAGGGAAAGAUGCCAAAAGACCUGUUGUACAACAAGAAAAACGAUCCACUAUGCUCUAUGGGAGUAGGAUUAGAGUGUCUAAUGAUCGAACUAGGAAGUCAUGCAAUCGAGUGGCUUUGGGGAUUAGCUUACUUUUCCAGGUAUGCCGCCAUCUCAAUUGAGCAACAACCCGGUUUCUUAACUGGCUUGUAGGGCAUUAGUGACCCUCUGCCGCCACGAGCGGUAAAUUCCGCAGGAGGGGCUGGGAGCGUAUCUGCAGAGUUCAAAAAGAACCAACUGCUCUUGGAAACCGGCGUUGAACCAGACUUGUUCACGGG